AUGUCUAACGACAAGAAGAUGCGCCUCGCCAUCGUUGGCGGCGGGAUCGUCGGCCUCACCUUCGCCAUCUCGCUCGCCAAGAGCGGCACACAGAACAUCGAGGUAGACAUCUAUGAGAGCGCGUCCGCAUUCGGCCAGGUCGGCGCCGGAAUGGGGUUCUGGCCGCGCAUCUGGGAGAGCAUGCGCCUCCUCGGACUCGAGGAGGACCUCAAGCCGCUCGCGUGCUCUGGAAAGCCCUUCCGCUACACCAAAGGCGACCAACAGCAAUACGUCCCCUUCGGCCAGAGCCACUCCGCCCUGCAGUCGUUCCACCGCACCGACAUCCUCGCCGUCCUCCUGCGCCACAUUCCGACCUACUACCACACGCACUUUGGCAAGCGACUCGUGUCGUACACCGACUCUCCCGAGGGGCCAGUCGUCUUGGCGUUCAAGGACGGCACGACCGCCAGCUGUGAUUUCCUCGUCGGCUCGGAUGGGAUCAAGAGCGCCGUGCGCCGCACGAUGUACGAGAGGUUCGCUGCCGGUGCGGAGGACCUGAAGGAGAAGGGGCGGCUGCUCGCGCAUGUGAAGCCCACCUGGACGGGGCAGUAUGUGUACCGCGGCGUUAUUAGCACUGAAGACUUGCGGAAAGCGAUGCCUGACCAUCCGGUACUUGAUGGCCCCAUUUAUUUCGCGGGCAAGAACAAAUACUUCAUCUGCUACCCCGUCUCUAAUGGUGCGAGUAUCAACUGCGGUGGACUUAUUUCCCACCCCGACAAGAACGGAACGUUGCACGGCGAGCCCUGGGUCGAGACGGUCAGCCAGGACGAGCUCCGUGCAGAGUUCCCCGGCUGGUCGCCCUACGUGCACGCGGUCAUCGACCUCAUCAAAGAGCCCUCGAAAUGGGUCAUCAACUCCGUCGUCGACCUGCCCACCUACACCUCCGGCAACGUCGCCCUCAUCGGAGACGCGGCCCACGCCAUGACGCCCCACCAGGCGUCGGGCGCGGCGCAGGGCGUCGAGGACGGCCUGCUCCUCGCCGCGCUCCUCGCAGACCCCCUCGCGAGCGCUGCGACGCUCGCGCACGUCCUGCGCGCGUACGACCGCGUGCGCCGGCCGUUCUCGCAGGACGUCCUGCGGCGUUCGUACGAGUGCGGCGCGGCGUACUGUUUCCAGCGUGGCGCGUUCGCGGGCAAUGAUGACGCUGCCGACGGGAAAGGCACGCUGGAGAGUCUGGAGGCGCUGAGUGGAUAUAUCAAUGGGCUGCUGGAGUGGACGUGGAAGACGAGCUCUGAGGGCGAUAGGAACGAGGCGUUGGAGGUGUUUCGCGGGCUUGUUGGGGCCUAG